AGACUGUCAAAAUUAAAAAUAAAUACGUUUGAAUCCGUUUCUUGGCGUUCAGCGGCAGUGAUUUGUUUGUGUGCUCAUUUUUAAGUUCGCGAUUCCAGUUAAAAGGUUUCGAUUUAACAUUUUAAAUCAAGAUGACCGAAGAAGAGAAUACUUUCAAGAAACCUGUGGAUUUGAAAGUCAUUGGGAAGUUGCGCAAACCGUUUCUUCCGGCUAGAUCGGAUGUCGAAAUUCCUUCACAAUCGAGUUCAUCGGAACAUCUGGUACAGGCAUUCGUUUUGGCAGAAGCAGAUCAUAAGCUGUCUAGUGAUAACAACGAAAUACCACCGAUUCCGUAUCGGGAACCCAGUUGGUCGCGAAAAUGUGAUUCUGAUUUGAACUACAGCUUCGAGGUUCUCAAGAACGGGGUCAUUAUAGAGGAGGUUAAGCAACUUCAGAACAAGCCUUACUGGCUGUUUGGUCGGCUUCCGAACUGCGAUAUCAACAUGGCUCAUCCAACAAUUUCGAGGUAUCAUGCCAUUCUGCAGUAUCGUUAUGUUCCGGAACCGGAAGAGAACUCUGAUUCGGAGGAAAACAGUAGUCCUUCACAUGUGACGCUAGAAUCCGGUUGGUAUUUGUACGAUUUAAACAGCACACAUGGAACGUUUUUGAACAAGCAACGAUUGCAGCCAAAAACUUACGUCAGAGUGAGAGUUGGUUAUAUGAUCAAGCUUGGUUCCAGUUCUCGAUCUUACAUACUACAGGGCCCUGCCGAGGAUGAAGAUGAACCUUCCACGCUGACUAUUACUGAGAUGAAAGAGAUGCGGCAAAAUCAGGAAAAACUUCGGCUCGAAAUGGCCGAAAUCGAGCGACAGGAAAAUGAACGUGUUGCAAAAUUGAAGGAAGAGGAUGGCAUCACAUGGGGAAUGGGUGAAGAUGCCGAUGAGGAAACUGAUCUCACUCACAAUCCCUAUGCAGUUUCAAAUAACGAAGAAUUGUUUCUGGAUGACCCUAAGAAAACUCUGCGUGGUUACUUCGAGCGAGAAGGACACGAGUUGGAGUACAAGUUAGACGAACUGUCAGCCGGAUCUUAUGUAUGCAAGGUGGAACUCCCGGUUGAUGACGACUAUGGUCGACCCAUUAUAGCCGAGGUUUCUCAUAAAGGCAAGAAAAAAGAAGCGGUCGUUCAAUGCGCCCUUGAAGCGUGUCGAAUAUUGGACAGAUACGGAUUGUUGCGCCAGGCUACACAUGAACCCCGUAGACGUCACAAAAAAACCUCCGAUUCGGACGACGAUGACGACUUUCUAGACCGUACAGGUGACAUCGAACGACGACGUCAACGCAAGCAAGCUAAAGCCGGUGCGGGUCAGGUACAUACGUACGAAGAUCUCAUACGACAGGAAUCGGAGCUCCUUGAACGGCUAGAGCAGAUCGAAGCUAAAAUCCAUAAACACCAAAUGAUUGACAAAGGAACUUGUUUGCCGGAAAAUGACGAUGAUGUAGAUGAUUUUUUGACCAAACUUUCUGACGAUAAACCAUUUGAUAAAUUUGAAGUAAGACGAUUGCGGCUGGAGAAGGAACGCCUCACAAAAGAUCAUGUAACCCUACAGAGGCUCAUCAAAAUAGCAAAACCAUUCGAUUUGCCUGGAAUGAGCAAAACUGAUAGAACUGGCGAGAGUAGUAAGGAAGAACUCAAGAAACGUAUGAUGCCAUUGUUUGGUAAACGGAAUAAGCUCAGCAGUGCAUUCGGCAUCAAAAAAUCAGAGGUUAGAGUAGGUGGUUCCACGAGCGCCAAUACAGAUGAAAUUGAGAGAGACGACAAUGAAGAUCAGCCGAAGAAAGCUGGCGAGGAAUUAAAAAAAGAGGCACCAGAAGUAAAGCAAACUACUCAAACCCCAGAAUCCAAAAAGGCGGAGAGCCCGUCCUUCAGUCCCGAAUUGUUAGAAAAACAUUACAAUAAAACAAUUGACAAUGAAAAACCGCAAACGGCAUCAAAGUGUCAGGAGCAGAAUAUGAUCAUCGAAUCUCCGACUGCUGCGCCAGAAAGAAAACGCAAAUCAGAUGCUGUAGUUGCUGAUGAUUGUGUCAACGACGAUGAACGUUUGGCGGCCACUAGCAAAUCAUCCAAAAAACGCGUACGACAGAGAGCGCGAGAUCGUAAUACGCGGGAUAAUGUUGAUAUCGACGAUAGCGAAGAGUUGCAAAGCGAGGAGAAGAAUAUAGAUUGGGUUCCACCGCAAAAUCAAAGCGGUGACGGUAUGACAGCGCUGAACGAAAAGUACGGGUAUUGAACCUAUGGACUUUACCCACCACCCAUUGAGUCGCCUAAUGUCGAUACCUUUUGUUAAGCAAUGUAACUAUACGGAAUAAAAACCAAUGGAAGUUGA